GCAUUACUCUUCCUCUGCACAGGUAACCAGUUCUGUUGGCUUUAUCUGGUUUUGCACCAUUUCUUAUCAGCUUUCUUGACUAUUGCAAAUGGUCUUUCAAGUUCCUAAAAUGCACUUAUAAAAGUGAAGACCUUGAACAGCAAAACAUAACCACAGAAGACCCCCAGAAGUGUGAGAAUACACCUAGCAGACAUGCUGAGACUUCUACUGCUGCUUUUAGUGGGGACUGCCUUUGCUCAAUCUGGUGAGUUUAAGGAAAACUCAGAUCAUUUAAGUGAAGAUGCCUACAAUGAAAUGGAGAGUGAUGAAAAAGACUUGGAUCUAAGUCUAAAAAGUGACCAUAUUAAGCCAGAUUUUACUGAAAAAGCCGUGGGUGAUGUCUGUCCAAAUAAAGGAACAUGUGUCUACCAUGUUUUCUUCACCCCUACACAAUUCUUCGCUGCCCUGAGUGUCUGCCGUAAAGCAGGAGGAAACUUGAGCUCCAUUCAUAACUGGCACACAAAUUAUUUUCUGCAAAAAUUCUUGUCGAAAGGUAGUAGAAAUUCCAACUUUGUAUGGAUUGGUGUUUGGAAGUCAAAUAGAAGCUCUCGAUAUUGGAACAUUGAUGAAAGCCCACUUGAUUAUACCAAUUGGCAGUCAGGAAGACGCAUAGUCAGUGGACAGUGGUGUACUGCCAUAAAUAUACACACCGGCAAGUGGUGGUCUAUAAAUUGUAAUACUCAGCUGCCAUUUCUUUGCUCUUACGAAGACUAAACCCAGCUCAUCGCCCUUUAGUCACCUCUUUUGGACGAUUUGGAAGAUGUAUAAAUAAAUCAUUUACCAUGCACAGACGUUGCUUCGCAUCAUUAUUUCAAGUACUAUUUAGGUUCCAUCUACCUACUCUUUUGCUAUGUAGCUUAUAAUAAAAGUGUAAUCAA